AUGGUGCCUUUUGACGCAGGCUCGGACGAUCUCCACGAGCUCAUAUUGGAGAACGUUGGAGAUGGGCGUACCAAUCCUUUCCAGUCAGCCUUCUGGAACACAGGACAUCGUUUCCUGGAGCAGAUUGAAACGAAGGAGCUCUACAGGUCCGUCAAGGACUCUGAUGGCCGCACGCGAUGGGCGUUUUCUGCGCGCAAAGACGACUUGACGAAGCUGAAUUGGCUGGCAAAGUUUCAUGCGCAAGAUAUUGAAAGGCGUAUUUUGCAACACCCAGACGUGCAAAAUGUGCUGGUAGGUGGAGAAGCCCGGCCUGCGCCGUAUGUCAUCGUUCAAGCAAAGGAAGGUGUGCUGAACGGAAAGAGCGAGGUGCAGCUGGUUGAUGAGCUCUAUUAUGGAGUGGUUGCUGCUACCAAUAAGACCGACAUGGACGAGAUAAGAAUUCCCAGGGAAACAAUCAUGAUCGCAAAGAAGGAGAAUCCGCUCAAGGUCAGCUUGAAGCAGUUGGUGCAGAGGAAAGCUGUUGAGCAGGACUAUUCCGAGGAAAUUGAGCAGGCAUAUGUGCGGCUAGAGAACAGCGGGAAGCCUCAGGCCCGUCAAAUGAUACUUGACCUCUCCAGCAGCCGAUUCUUUUUCUUCGUGACAUGUUGUUUGGUGUGGUGUCUUAAGUCGAGUCAGCCGAACCUAGGUGCCUAG